AUGAGCGCUGUGCUUGACCUCCUCAUCGUAGCAACGAGCUGGGCACAUGUCUUCCUUGCGCCGUACACCAAAGUCGAGGAGAGCUUCAGUCUGCACGCGACGCACGACGUGCUGAUGUACGGCGUGCGACCCGACGUGCUCCCCAAGGUACUCCUGUUUAGUGCACUGCUGAAGGAACCGCAAACUCACGCUCCAACCUGGCUGUCGAACGCUCCCAUCCGACUCGCGUGCAGUCUCGAGCUUGUCAGAGACAAGUUCGACCUACAAAUCAUCGUCAGGCUAGUCCUUGCCACUAUCAAUGCAAUCGGAUUUUGUCUGCUCAGACGCACAGUCUCCCGCCGAUUCGGCGGGCUGACCAGCGUGCUCUUCGCCUUUUUGACCUGCACGCAGUUCCAUCUACCAUUUUGGAUGGGACGCACCCUGCCGAACAUGUUCGCGGUGUUUCCUGUGAACGUCGCAUUGUCCUACUUUGUAAACCGUGCGCCCAACUCGACACGACCAUCGAGGUACAGCAUCCACUGGGCGAUAGCGCUGCUGACGUUCACAGCCGUUGUCUUCCGCUCCGAGGUCGUCCUUUUACUGGGUCCUCUUGUCCUACAAGCUGUGGUACGGCGUUACACAACGCUCACCAACAUUAUAAAGAUCGGCUUAAUAGCUGGCCUGAGCUCCGUUGCCUUGACGAGCGCCGUAGAUUCGUACUUCUGGCAGCAGUGGCCAUUAUGGCCAGAAUUAUAUGGAGUCUACUUCAACGUCGUGCAAGGCAAGAGCUCCGAGUGGGGUGUUUUACCCUUCCACACCUAUUUCACGUCUUUCCUCCCUAAACUCUUGCUAUCUGCACUACCGCUUUCCUUCGUCGGUGCCCUCAGCGACUCGCGCGUGCGCGCGCUCCUCGUGCCCGCCGUGGCAUAUCUGGUCCUCAUAAGCGGGCUCGGCCAUAAGGAGUGGCGGUUCAUCGUCUACAUUGUGCCGCUCUUCAACAUCGCUGCUGCGCGAGGCGGCGCAUGGUUAAUGUCCCGCAGGAAGAGCAGUCUUUUUGGUCGGUUGUGCUUCCUGGCUGUCUCUGGCCUUCUGGUAUGCAACUGCGUCACCACCUACCUACUUGCAAUGGCGUCCAUCGCCAAUUACCCAGGAGGUGAGGUGUUAUCCAAGUUCAACGAGCUGUACGCUUCGCAUGAGAACGUACACGUUCACAUAUCCAACCUCGCCGCGCAGACGGGUGCCUCCCUGUUCCUGCAAACGCACAUGCCACCAUAUCUGCACUGUCUCCCGCACUCACAGCAGCACUGGACAUACAACAAGACCGAACACCUCUCCCCAGAAGCUUUUACGUUUACGCCCGCCGUCACACAUGUCAUCGCGGAAUUCGACGGAUCGACGGCGUCGAAGCACUACCCCGCUGGGUUCUCUGCCAACAAAUGGCACGCGACGGGCACGGUGGAUAGUUUCGAUCGGUGGAAGUUCAACCCGGAUCUGAAGGACUCGCUGAAGAUGCGGGAUGUGGGCGCGCUGCUGCGCCCGCUGGAAAUGGUGAGGAGCAAGAAGCUAGUGAUCCUGGAGAGGAAUAUUUGGACCGACGCUGUUCAAGCUACUGAUAAGACGAGAUGA